AAUACAACUAACAUUUUCGUUUUUUAUUUUGUCUUUUUUCUUUUUUUCUUCAGUUUUGAUUCAGAAAGCAUUAUAUAUACAACGUUUUUCCUGAGCCACCAAAGAUUCAAAGCAUUAAGCAUACAUCCCUCUUUUACGACCACAACAUCUCAUUCCGCAUUUCAUCCAUCCUUCUUAUUACUUUGCUACCUACAAAUCUACAAUAAUAAUGGCUCCGGGGCAAAAGCUCUUAUUCACCUUCUUCCUUUGCUCAUCCAGUUUCCUUCUCACAGGUGUGGAGGUGGUAGAGGGUUCCUCGCGUCACCACCACCAGCACCACCAUCAUGUGAAGCAUAACGGUGUGGACACAAAGAAACUGUUUGUGUUCGGAGAUUCCUACGCAGAUACCGGAAAUAACAGAAUUUCAAAUGGUGACUCUUGGAAGUUACCAUAUGGUAUCACAUUUCCCGGCAAGCCUUCUGGACGUUUCUCGGAUGGUCGUGUUUUCACUGAUUUUCUAGCUAGAUAUCUGGGAUUAAAGUCACCGGUAGCCUACAAAUUUAGAAGAUUUGGAGGCAAGCAUUUGAAAUAUGGGAUGAACUUCGCUUUCGGAGGAACGGGAGUGUUUGACACUACGGCACCAUACCCGAACAUGACAACCCAGAUCGAUUUCUUUGAACGUCUACUCAAUGAAUCCGUUUUCACACCUUUUGACCUUGAGACUUCCAUUGCUCACGUUAGUCUUGUUGGCAAUGAUUACUCAGCGUACCUUUCUAGAGGUGGUUCCGUUCAGGGAUUGCAAACAUUUAUACCUCAAGUCGUAAAUGAAUUGGUGGUGGAUAUUAAACGCAUCUACAAAUUAGGAGUGAAGAAAAUAUCAGUGACGGCAUUACAACCUUUGGGAUGUCUACCUCGUAGUACAAUACAGAAUUCAUUCCAAAGGUGCAAUGACACAUUCAACCAGGCCGUUAUUUUUCACAAUACCUUAUUACAACAAGCAGUUACCAACUUGAACAAUAAUCACACUCAUGGCUCCCCAAUUGUCAUCAUUGAUUUGUAUAAUGCCUUUUUAUCGGUCAUCCAACAAAAUGCUACUAAUCAACAAGGAAGUUCAAAAUUUGCAAACCCCAUGAGGCCAUGUUGCAGGGGUAUAAGUCCCGCUUACUACUGUGGAAAUGUGGAUCAAAAUGGCAAUAACAUGUACACGGUAUGCCAACACCCAAACAACUACUUCUUCUGGGAUGACUCACACCCAACUCAAGCGGGCUGGGAAGCUCUAACCACUGCUUUACAACCUAACCUUGAUAGCCUACAACGUUAGCUACCUUCAUUCCUAAUUGCAACUUCAAAUCAAAAACGCUCAAUAAUGUUCCUAUGCGUGAAUAUAAAUAAUAAUGUACAAGUGUUAUAGAAUUGUCAUUGUCAACCCACCCUCAGAGAUUCCUUGUUUUUACAUUUACUUAUUGUCGUCCGAUCAUCGAACGUCAUAUAAUAGGCUACCGGCUACGUGCUUUCUCUUUACUUCUACCGCAAGUUCGUCACUUUAAUUUGUAUCGUAUGGUUGAUGUAACAAGAAUGCAAUAAGAAUUGCUGCAAUUAUAAGAAUUACAACAAGCUGUAAACAAAAUUCAAACACUUUGAGGUAUUAAUGGUCUCCCAUGUUCUGAAUUUGUUGAAUAUAUUAGGUUUUUUCCUCAA